AACACACAAGAUAAGUUGACUCUUCAACCCAAAACCAUCUCUUUAAAUUCCCUCCCUCCCUACUCAACUCUUCACCUCUGCCUCUUCUACAUAUCAACUUUUGAGUGUUCUUACAACACAAAAGAAAAAAAAGGAUCAAAAAACAUGAAAUUCACAUCCAAACAAAGUAACAUUCCUCCCAUCAGAGGCUUCACAAUUUUGUUAAUAGGUUGCUUGGCUAUAAAACUAAGCCUCUGUUUCUCUAGUUUUCCAUCUUCACUUAAGACACUAAAUGUUGAAGGGCAUUUUAGUUUUGACAACAAUGAAUUUGCAGCCAGAGAUUUCGGAAACCGGUUCCAGUUCCUUCCAUCGGCAGUUCUGCACCCGAAGUCGGUGUCUGAUAUUGCCACCAUUAUAAAACAUAUUUGGCAAAAGGGUCCUGGUUCCAAGCUGACUGUUGCAGCUAGAGGCCAUGGACACUCACUCCAAGGCCAAGCACAAGCACCACAAGGGGUUGUAGUCAGCAUGGAAUCACUCAGUGGGCAAGAAAUGAAGGUCCACACGGGCCGAUUUCCUUAUGUUGAUGUCUCGGCUGGCGAGUUAUGGAUCAAUAUCCUGCAUGAGUGCCUCAAAUUUGGGUUAGCACCAAAAUCUUGGACGGAUUACUUACAUCUAACAGUUGGUGGUACUCUGUCCAAUGCCGGGAUCAGUGGACAGGCUUUUCGGCAUGGCCCCCAAAUCAGUAAUGUCCACCGGCUUGAGGUCAUCACAGGAAAAGGAGAAGUGAGAAUUUGUUCAGAGGAGCAGAAUGCUGACCUCUUUCACGGAGUUCUCGGUGGACUUGGCCAGUUUGGUAUAAUAACUCGAGCAAGAAUCUCUCUAGAGCCAGCACCAAAGAUGGUGAAAUGGAUCAGAGUACUUUAUUCAGAUUUCUCCACUUUUUCCAGAGAUCAGGAGAAUCUAAUAUCUGCAGAAAACACAUUUGAUUACAUAGAAGGCCUUGUGAUGAUCAACAAGACGGGUCUCAUUAAUAACUGGAGAUCAUCUUUCAACCCGCAAGAUCCAGUUCAAGCCAGUCAAUUCAAGUCGGAUGGAAGGACUCUCUUUUGCCUCGAAUUGACGAAAAAUUUUAAUCCCCUCGAGGCUGAUAAAAUAGAUCAGGAAAUUAAGAGAAUCUUAUCUCAAUUAAGCUACAUCCCCUCAACGCUCUUUAUGUCAGAAACUUCUUACGUAGAAUUCUUGGAAAGGGUUCAUACAGCCGAGCUAAAACUGAGAUCAAAAGGAUUGUGGGAUCUCCCACACCCUUGGCUCAAUCUCCUCGUUCCGAAAAGCAAAAUACAAAGCUUUGCUGAAGGUGUUUUUGGCAACAUUUUAACGGAUACAAACAAAGGACCCGUCCUUGUCUACCCAGUAAACAAAUCAAAGUGGGACAACAGAACUUCAACUGUACUUCCAGAAGAAGACAUUUUCUACCUUGUGGCAUUCCUUUCCCAAGCAGUUCCUUUCUCCACAGAAAAUGACGGCUUGGAACCUCUGUUAAGUCUAAACAAAAGAAUUUUAGAUUACUGUGAGGUGGCCCACUUGGGAGUAAAACAAUAUCUUCCUUAUUAUACCACACAGGAGGAGUGGAGGGCCCAUUUUGGCAAACAGUGGGAAGUCUUUGUACGUCGAAAAUCAGCAUACGAUCCUCUAGCAAUACUUGCUCCGGGGCAGAGAGUUUUUCAAAAGGCAAUAUCCAUCUUAUGACAGGAAAAACUACGGUAUAAAGGAAAGAGUGGACUAACAGCAUUUUCAGGCAAUGCAUAAAGGCUCAGCAACUUCAUGUGGAGGGAAUGGAUUUACGAAAUUUAGAAAAAUACAGGAGCUGCAAUUAGUAUAUAAAUAUUAGUUCGAUAUUUCUUGCACCAUCUCAGCAACUAUAGGUAUAAAGAGGAGGCUCUAAACCAGUUAAAGUUCAAUCAAAACUUCAUUACAUAUAUAAAUUAUUUUAUAUCAAUUCAUGAUAACUUAGCAGACAGCUAAAUUUUCAGUUCUGGAAAUAAUAGAGCAUAGUUUCUUCUA